AUGGCGACCGCAGCGCCGGCAUCGGUGCCGGCAAUCCGUCUGUCGAGCGGCUACGACAUGCCGGUGGUGGGGAUGGGCGUGUGGCGCGCGGACAAAGGCCGGCUCGGCGCGCUUAUCAAGGACGCCGUUGCACUCGGGUACCGCCACUUCGACUGCGCGGCGGACUACGGCAACGAGGCGGAGGUGGGGGAGGCGCUAUCCGCGGUGCUGGAGGCAGGCGCGGUAAAGCGUGAGGAGCUGUUUGUGACGAGCAAGCUGUGGAACAGCGACCACGCGCACGUGAGGGAGGCGUGCGAGCAGUCCCUGAAAGACCUGCGGCUGGACUACCUGGACCUGUACCUCGUGCACUUCCCCAUCGCCACCAAGCACACCGGGAUAGGCAGCACGAGCAGUGCGAUGGGUGAGGAUGGCGUGUUGGACAUAGACAUCUCAGUGCCGCUGCAUGAGGUGUGGCGCCACAUGGAGGCGCUCGUUAAGGACGGCCUCGUGCGCUCCAUCGGCAUCAGCAACUACGACGUGUAUCUGACUCGCGACUGUCUGGCGUACAGCAGCGCAGUGAGGCCAGCAGUGAACCAGGUGGAGACGCACCCCUACUUCCAGCGCGCCUCGCUGCUGCGCUUCUGCGCCAAGCACGGCAUCACCCUCACUGCCCACACGCCCCUGGGCGGCGGCGCUGCCAACGAGGAGCUCUUCAAGUCCAAGUCCCCGCUCUCUGACCCCGUUGUGCUCGAGCUGGCUGCAAAGCACAACAAGACAGCGGCGCAGGUGGUGUUGCGGUGGGGAGUGCAGCGCAACACGGUGGUGAUACCCAAGUCCAACCGAGUGGAGCGCCUGGCGGAGAACAUAGCCAUCUUUGACUUUGAGCUCGAUGCUGGCGACAUGGCCCGGAUGGAGGGCCUUGACGCUAAGGCUAGGAGCAACAACCCGGCUCCCUUUUGGGGCAUCGAUUUGUAUGCUUAG